UAUAUGGUAUCUCCGGCUUCUAAACUUUUUUUUUUUUUUUUUUUUUUUUUUUUUUUUUUUAUUAUGAUGGUGAAGUCCUAGUGAUAAGGAGAGCAUAAGGCUCAUUCCUACCCUCUUUUCUUGCAAUUUCGUUGCAGAUUUAGCAAGCAAUUUGUGCAUUUUAUCCUCUUUUCUUCUUCUAAAUUUCCAUUCGCAAUUUUUGCAGAGUUUAGUUGCAUAUGGUUUAUUCUGAGUGCAUAACAGUUAAACUUUUUUUUUUUUUUUUUUUUUUUUUUUUCAGGUGAAUGCUAGUUGAUGUAUAUGGAAUUCCACAACAAAUGGCGCAAAACUGAGUGAUUUUUUUGGAUAAAAAAUGCCAAUCGGAUUGCUUUCCAAUCUUAAUACUGCUUUUUGUUUUGGCUUCCCAAGAGCUGCAAGGGUAAAGCUGUAUCAACCCCUGCAUUUCAUAGAAACCCUAUUCUUCCAAAAUUGUUCAAAUAGUAGCUGUACCAAAAUUAUGGCCACUUGUUCCAUAGUAGCUCAUGGAGAUGUUGUGGUUGAUACCUCACUGUCUAGUUAUGGGAGUUUAUCCAGUUUUGUUAAGCCCGGUGGUGUGCAUUUCGGUAAUAGGAGCCAUAAGGUGUGCGGGAGAGCUAAAUUGAGCUUGACAAAUGUGGCGACUGGAAGCCGCAUUUUCUCUGAUUUUGAGCGGAGUAGUAUCCGUUCUUUCUCGUCGUCCUGUUACUCCGAUCAUGUUGUGCCUGAGGAGCUUCCAAGUGUUGCAAUUUCGGACAAGGAGACUUCAAUCCAUAGCACUCUGAAGCUUCUUUCUGGAGCGUGCUACCUUCCCCAUCCAGCUAAAGAAUCUACAGGAGGAGAGGAUGCUCAUUUUAUCUGUGCCGAUGAGCAAGUAAUUGGUGUUGCGGAUGGUGUUGGUGGUUGGGCAGAUGUUGGUGUUAAUGCAGGAAUAUAUGCCCGUGAGCUUAUGUCUAAUGCUGUUGAAGCAAUUAGAAAAGUUCCAGAUGACGUCGAUCCCUUCUCAGUGUUGGAAAAAGCUCAUGCCGCAACUAAUGCUAUGGGUUCCUCUACAGCCUGCAUUAUCGCCCUCAAAAACCAGGAUCUCCAUGCCAUUAAUCUCGGAGAUAGUGGCUUUAUGAUUGUUAGGGAUGGCGCUUUAAUAUUCGAGUCACCUGUGCAACAACAUGGUUUCAAUUUCACCUAUCAACUGGAACGAGGAAACCAGGGAGACCUACCAAGUUCUGGACAGGUUUUCAAGAUUUCGGUUAUGUCUGGAGACAUUGUUGUUGCAGGAAGCGAUGGCUUGUUCGACAACUUGUAUGCUAAAGAGAUAGUAUCCAUUGUGGCUGAUGCAAUUAAAGCACAACUCAGCCCCAGUGAUACGGCGAAGAAGAUUGCGGCCGUUGCACGUGCACGCGCACUAGACAUGAAACAUCAGACUCCGUUUUCUGUUGCAGCCCAAGAAGCUGGGUUUUCGUAUUAUGGUGGUAAACUUGAUGAUCUGACUGUUGUUGUCUCUCAUGUCUCGUGAACAUUUUGCUUAGUGCUAUGUAUCAUUUUGAUGUUCUCACUAUUAUAUUUUCCGCGUAAGACAACAUAUGAACUCUCAAAGUUUUUUUCCUUAUCAGAUGAAUUAUUUUCAGCAAAAA